UUUUUUUAAAAAAAAAAUAUUUUUUUUGCUGAUGCCGUCUUCCUUUUAGCACACUUAGCAGAUUUUCUCUUAUCUAACAAAAUUGAUUUUGCUCCCAUGUCCCAAUAUGUUUACUUUUCCUCUUGUUUGCUGUCGCUUCUUGGACCCGCGACAAAUAUUGCAGCCCUUCGUUUGUGGAAAUGUUGGAUGUUGCAUCUCCUAUAAAUGGAGGGCCCUGCGGUGCUUCCUUCCACCUUUCCUUCCAACAGAGUUCACCGCCUCGGUCUUUGGCGCAGGGAGCCAUGAAAUCGUUGGUCGCGCUGGUGCUCUUGGCUCACCUGCUGAGCUGCCAAGCCAAUCUAGUUCUAGAAGUUCCUCCAGAAGUCGUUCCCCCCAAAGUUCCAGGCUGCGAUGACCCUGAGGCUGAACACGCAGCUGCUGCAGCACUGAACCACAUCAAUCAGCACAUGAAGCAUGGAUAUAAAUUUGACCUCAACAGGAUUGAAAAAUUCGUUCAGCAUGAAAGGAGACCACAUGGAAAGAUAGUGGAUCUUGAGCUGGACUUACUAGAGACUACAUGCCACAUCGUGGACCCACGGCCUGUUGAAAAUUGUACAGUCAGGGACCGGAUGAACCACGCUGUUGAAGGGGACUGUGAUGUCAAGAUGAUUGAGAUUAACGGACAGUACAAGGUGGUGCACACAAAAUGCCACUCCUCUCCAGAUUCACGUGAGGAUCUUGCGAAACUCUGCCCUGAUUGCUCACCUCUGUCAUCACUGAACGACACUGAUGUGGUAAACACAGCUCAUGCCGCGCUGGCCGAAUUUAAUGCCGAAAACACCACCCAGGAGCACUACAUGCUCCUUGAGAUAUCUCGAGGUCAACAUUUGCAUUUGGCCAGAGGUGUCCAUAUAGAGUUUGCCAUUGUCAACACCAACUGCUCGGCCCAGCAUGCAAAGGAACAUGUGGAUGACUGCCACGUGGCAACCGGCGAGCACCUACACUAUGGGUUCUGUAAAGCAUCCUUUCACAAGAGCGUUGCCGAGGGCACCCCCGAUCAUCAUGAAGUGCAUUGCGACGUCUUUGGCCAUCAGCCUGGAGUCAGCCACCAUCACUUGGUUGAGGAGCAUUUAAAAGGGAAACUCGCGCCAGCCGGCCGUGGCCACACUCACCUCGACAUGAUUCAUUCCCACAACGACACCGGCGCCUCCCACUCUCACUCCGACGAAGCCGUGCCAGUGGAGAAACCCGUCUCCUUGGUGAAGAGAGCUAUCCGGGCGGUGGUGCCAGGGUGUCCAGGCAGGUAUCGGCAUUUUGAUCUGUAAGACCAGCCAAGCCCGGCUCUGAAAGAAAGGACCGGAGCGGUAACUGCCCACGAGAAUCUGUAGAAACCACAGAGCCAACUUGUGAUGGAAAUCACUUCGAUAUCAUCCUGGGCACGCUCAAAUUCUUAAAACCACGGAAACUUUCCCCCUGAUAACUUACAGCACGUAUCGAUGGCCUGCGGGCCUCUACUCUCUGUUACCAUAAGAGCUGUGUGCAUUGCACCAUGUUAUUGUGUCUGGCACGGAAUUCGGCACUUUCCACCUCAACUGCAUCUCUCUUUUUAGCACAAGAUUCAAACGCUUAUAACCGGAUACCCCAAAUAGAAGGGAUGCAGGGUGUCGUGUCUGAAAUCUUAGGAGCGGGAAAAGAGCUGAAUGAAAUUUCUGUUUGCCCCGGAGGUCUUUAUUCCCUCCCCCUGGCUUGCGGAAGGAAUAAAUGAAAGAAGGGCAUGCUGAUUUGGGGAGCUGGGUUCAGGAUGCGAGCACGUUUCCCUUCAGAGCAGAGUCUGUUCUCUUGUUUCAAAAGGGCCAAAUGUACACAGCGUCAGACCACACAGGCACCACAAAAAGCAUACCAGGCGAAGUCUUUAACUCCAUGAAUUACGAUUCUUCUCUUCUUUUUUGUAAUGUCUGAAAAUGGCAAUGUCCUAUCACUGUUGGAGCCAAGCACCAGUGCUUCAUAAAUAAAACAUUCCAAUCAAAAA